AUGGCUGCUAGAUUUUUCCGCAGGAAAGCUUCAACUCCUAGGAAAGAAUUUGAGGGCCAUGAGAACAUUAUAUGGAGUCUCGUCUUCUUGCACGACAAUGUUCACAUCGUGAGCGCAUCGCGAGAUGGCAUGAUGCGGAAGUGGAAUUGCGAUACGGGACAUCUUGUCGGUGAACCGUGGAAAGGUACGGGAGGAGAUAUAACCGCACUGGCAUUGUCACCGAACGGGAAGAUAAUUGCGUGUGGGAGGGUGAACAGGGGUGUUGAGCGGUGGACCACCAACGGAAAGAUGAUUAGUAAUUGGAGGGGUCACAGAAAGGCGGUGCGGUCGGUGUCGUGGUCUCCAAACGGAAAAUAUGUCGCCAGCGGGUCCAGUGAUGGAACAAUUAGCACCGAUAUGAUAUCGAAUAUAGCAGCUGUGGAGGAGGUGUGGAGUCUUUCAUAUUCACCUUUGGGUGAUAGAAUUGCAUCAGGUUGGAGCGACCAUACAAUUUACAUCUGGAACACAGCAAAUGGAGAGUGUGUCAUUGGACCUAUUGGAGGGGGGAAAGUCGUGACUUCGUUAGUGUGGUCGGGCACUAAACUCUAUUCCGCCUCCGACAGAUUCGCACGUGUUUUUGACACUACCACGGGCCAACUACUCCAUCGCUAUGCGCACGACCAUGACCUAUAUUCAGUAGCUCUUUCACCUAAGAACAACAUCCUGGCUUGCGUGGGGUUGUUCGGUGUUGUACAGCUAUGGAACACAAAACCACACAAACUCCGCCGAUCAGUCAGCCAGGAUCCUAAAACCAUUCAUUGUGUGUCAUUCUCACAAGACGGGAGAUACCUAGCUUACGGCGGAUACGACGGGAAACUCACUCUGUGGAUCGUCGAUGUCAACGCCCCUAAGCUUUCGCAGCACCAAAAUCAGCCUAAGUUCAUACUUCAUGCUGAUACUGCAGAGCCAUCGGGUUUCCCUCAGCCCCCCAAUCCAUCCUUAGCUCGACGCUUCUGGAACAUGAUAUCUUGA